AUGACUUGCUCAUCGCAAUGCCAGGUCGACAAGGCCUCUCUCAGAAACCAACAACAGCCGUCAUCUCCCACAAGCGGACCUAAACAGCAUCUUCUCCCAGGCAUUCGCUGCCCUACGUGCCAUGCCUCAGGUAAAGAGGUGUGGGUACUACCCGGAAAAGAGUGCGGCUACUGCGGCACGCCCUGCGGCUAA